CAUAUGUAGACUAUUUUGGCACUGGAAUAUAUAAAAUAAAUCUGAUUUCAAACAGCAGGACAACGGAAGUUCAACAGAUUUAGAUCAGCAUUAGAAGAUCAAGUGUGAUUUGGCAUUUUUGGACUAUUAAAUAGACAUGGCACCAAUAUCAGGAUUCCUGGACUGUAUAUCUGUAAGUGAUGAGGUAAAUAUUGAUAGACAUAUUUUGAAUCAGAUGAAAAGUCAAGCAUUUAGAAUUGCCUCAUACACCAAAUGGCCAAAAUGGGCCAAUGCAAGACCAGUUCAACUAGCAGAUGCAGGACUUUACUACACAGGCAUGUAUGAUGAAGUCAAAUGUUUUGCAUGUAAAGCCAAAUUUAAACAAUGGUCUGAAGUCAAUGACCCAAUGAGCGAACAUAUGAAAGCAAGUCCAAACUGCCCCUUUGUCCAAGAAGAGCUACAGUCAGGUAACAUCCCUUUGGUGACUGAUGUAGCUGAUAUUCAAGAAAUCGAUGGCUUCAGAGAAGAGGCAGCUCAAAUAGAAGACCAAGCAGAUGUACCAAAUAAUGAUGUUGAUGGUCUCCCUAUUGACGCAUCCGGGGAGUACCCAAAAUAUGCUCUCGAGAGUAAGCGACUAGGGACCUUCACUAAUUGGCCAACAAGUCAUCAUAUUAAACCUGUUGAUCUUGCAGAGGCUGGUUUCUUCUAUCAGGGAUAUAGUGACAAUGUGAGAUGUUUCUUUUGUGGUAUGGGGCUUGGCAACUGGGAGAAGGGAGACACUCCCUGGGAGGAACAUGCAAGGUGGUUUUACAAGUGUGGCUACUUGAAACAGGUCAAAGGAGAUGAUUGGAUUAAGGCAAUACGAAAGAAAUAUGAUGAAAAGAUUAUCUUUGAGGGGAGUAUAGCACAAGCUCAAUGUGUUUCAAGUAGUAAGAGAGAUCAGAAUACAAAGCUUCCAGAAUCUCUAACUAAAUCCCUUACAUACUAUGGGCUAAAUGAAACACCUACAAAACUGACUUUUCAGUCACAUUCUGAAAAUGUCAUGCUACCACCUAGGUGUGUAUGCCAAAAUCAAGCCAGGGUUGAAUCAAAUUUGCCUAUUAACCAGGGACCAGAACAUGAUGCAGAUUGGGAAGAUAUCUCUAAAGGAGGAAAAGAAGUAAGAGAUGAACAAUAGAAUAUAAAUAGUACAUCACUGAGAUACUGCUGAACAUUACCAUCUAAUCAUAGAUAUUAAGAGGUCAGAAAGAUUAAAUUCAAUGUUAACCGUUUCAAUAGCGGAUGUAUUAAGA